ACUCAUUCUUUAUCUCUCUCCCUACACCCAAAUAGUAAACAAACACUUCCCACCUAUUCUUCUAUGUCACCAGGCCACUUGGUUCCUUCUCUUUCUAUUCUAAUCUUCUCACACCAAAAACCACUUCUUCCCAGCGAGUUUGGUUAGUUACAUCAGUUAAGUUAGUUAGUUAGUUACCCCAAACUAUGAGCUACUCCAAAAACGACGCCGUCGUGGAAACCGAGCCAACGACACCGCCAACACAAAACGACAGCACCGUUUUGUUCGGCAAGUACGAGCUCGGCGAACUUCUGGGCGUAGGCGCGUCCGCUAAAGUAUACCACGCGACGCGCGUGGCCGACGGUGGAAGCGUGGCAGUUAAGGCCGUUAGCAAACGCAACAUCGCUUCCAACUGCCAUGCAGCUAACGUGGAGCGCGAGAUCUCCGUCACGCGCCGCCUCCGCCACCACCCAAACAUCAUCAACCUCCUUGAGGUCCUCGCCACCAAGACCAAAAUCUACCUUGUCAUGGAGUUCGCCGCCGGCGGAGAACUUUUCCAGAAGGUCGCCCACGGCGGCCGCUUGACGGAUGACGUCGCCAGAAAAUAUUUCCGGCAGCUCAUCUCCGCCGUAAAGCACUGCCACUCCGCCGGCGUCUACCACCGUGAUCUCAAGCUCGACAACCUCCUCCUUGACGAUGACGGCAACCUUCAAGUCUCCGAUUUCGGGUUGAGCGCCGUGAAGAACCAGAUCCGACCCGAUGGCUUGCUCCACACAGUUUGUGGGACCCCUGCUUACGUGGCACCUGAGAUCUUGGCCAAGAAGGGAUAUAAUGGCGCCACGGUGGACGUGUGGUCCUGCGGCGUCGUUUUGUUUGCAUUGACCGCGGGUUUUUUACCCUUCAAUGAUUACAAUAUUACAGUUUUGUACAGGAAGAUUUACCGCGGUCAAUUUCGGUUUCCAAAGUGGAUAUCUUGUGGAUUAAGAAACCUUAUAUCGCGGUUGUUGGAUGUAAAUCCAGAAACGCGAAUUACCGUUGACGAGAUUAUGCAAGACCCGUGGUUUAAUUCGGGUGGGUAUAAACUUAAUCGGGUUCUUGUUGAAGAACCCGAAUGGGAGAAGAGUCAAAUAAAAAUUAAAACGUUAAAUGCAUUUGACUUGAUAUCUUUUUCGACUGGGUUGGACAUGUCGGGUCUAUUUGUGAAUAACGGUGUUCUGAAUCAUGUGGAGCGAUUUGUCCUGAGAGAGAAAGUAGAGAGGAUACUAGAGAAGGUGGAUGAGGUGGCUAAGGGGACCAAUUUAACAGUGACAAGGAAUGAGAAAUGUGAAGGUGCAAGGUUGGAAGGGCAAGAUGGUAAUUUAGUUGCCCUUGUGUUGGUUUACCGGUUAACGGAUGAGUUGGUGGUGGUUGAAGUCAAGAGUAUUGGAAAGAUGAAUUGCAACCCCAACUUUAUGAGUUGCCUCAUGGAUAACGGGCAUAACUCUUUAGAAUUUUAGAGGAAUUUAUUUUAUUAAUUUCUCAGGUUACUGAAUAAUUAAUUGGUAGCUACAAGUUAUGCUUUGGAUGCCAUUUUUUAAUUAUUUGGUUGUUGAUUUUGUUGAUUUUGGGAAAAAAUUGAGGAGGAGUUAUAAUACCCACUUAGUUUGCUAAUAAUAUGUAAAUACAGUAAUUCACUUAAA